GUUAUGCAUUUUAUGUGCGAGGCCCUUUAACUUAAUUUUAAGUGGAAGGUUGAAGGCUUGAUUUUGCACUAUGGUCAAACUGUCCCAUCCCUGCUGAAUUAUUGGAGACAGGUGUUGUUAAAAAAAGAACAAUCACGUAAACAAGAAAUCGUUAAUAUUGGUCAAUAUGGCGGUCCCUUCGGUUUCACUAAAUACACGAAAUAAAAAACACUUUUUAGGCGUACCAGCACCCCUAGGAUAUGUCGCCGGUGUUGGUAGAGGAGCGACGGGAUUUACAACACGAUCUGAUAUUGGCCCUGCUCGUGAUGCCAAUGAUGUUUCAGAUGACAGACACGCUCCACCUACAAAACGUGCAAAGAAGAAGGAAGAGGAGGAGGAAGAUGAGGAAGACUUGAACGACUCGAAUUAUGAUGAAUUUUCAGGAUAUGGCGGUUCUCUUUUCAGCAAAGAUCCUUAUGAUAAAGAUGACGAGGAAGCAGAUGCAAUUUACGAAGCUAUUGACAAACGAAUGGAUGAAAAACGCAAGGAGUACCGAGAGAAACGCCUCAGAGAAGAAUUGGAACGCUAUCGCCAAGAACGGCCCAAGAUUCAACAGCAGUUUUCAGAUCUAAAAAGAGAGUUAGUUCACGUAACUGAAGACGAAUGGAAAAACGUUCCCGAAGUGGGGGAUGCUAGAAAUCGUAAACAGCGUAAUCCAAGAGCGGAGAAAUUCACCCCGUUGCCGGAUUCUGUCCUAGCGAGAAAUUUAGGAGGUGAAACAUCCACUAGCAUCGAUCCGUCUAGCGGUUUGGCCUCUAUGAUGCCAGGCGUAGCAACACCCGGGAUGUUAACUCCCACAGGAGAUCUCGAUCUCAGAAAGAUUGGACAGGCGCGAAACACAUUGAUGAAUGUCAAGCUAAAUCAAGUUUCUGAUUCUGUGGAAGGCCAAACUGUUGUUGAUCCAAAAGGAUAUCUUACAGACUUGCAAAGUAUGAUACCUACAUAUGGUGGUGAUAUAAACGACAUUAAGAAAGCCAGAUUAUUAUUAAAAUCAGUUAGGGAGACUAAUCCUAAUCAUCCUCCCGCGUGGAUUGCGUCUGCGCGUUUAGAAGAGGUGACUGGAAAGGUUCAAGCGGCUAGAAAUUUGAUAAUGAAGGGUUGCGAGGUAAAUCCCACUUCCGAAGAUCUAUGGUUGGAAGCUGCGAGACUGCAGCCGCCAGACACAGCGAAAGCGGUAAUAGCGCAAUCAGUACGCCACAUUCCAACAUCCGUUAGAAUCUGGAUAAAAGCCGCAGACUUGGAGACAGAAGUAAAAGCGAAACGCAGAGUAUACAGAAAGGCAUUAGAGCAUAUCCCGAACUCAGUGCGAUUGUGGAAAGCGGCCGUCGAAUUGGAAGAGCCAGAAGACGCACGUAUCUUGCUCAGUCGUGCGGUUGAGUGCUGUCCGACUAGUGUAGAUUUGUGGCUCGCUCUCGCUAGAUUGGAAACUUACGAUAAUGCGAGAAAAGUCUUAAACAAAGCUAGAGAGAAUAUCCCGACUGACAGACAAAUCUGGACUACCGCCGCGAAAUUGGAGGAAGCAAACGGCAAUAAGCACAUGGUGGAAAAGAUCAUCGAACGUGCUAUAUCUUCAUUGAGCGCAAACGGGGUAGAAAUCAAUAGGGAACAUUGGUUUAAGGAGGCUAUGGAAGCUGAAAAAGCGGGAGCAGUACACUGCUGUCAAGUGAUCGUUAAAGCCAUUAUCGGAUAUGGAGUAGAGGAGGAGGACAGGAAGCACACUUGGAUGGAAGAUGCAGAAACUUGCGCCCAGCAAGGAGCGUUGGAAUGCGCUAGAGCUAUUUAUGCAUAUGCUUUAACAGCCUUUCCUAGCAAAAAAUCAAUUUGGUUACGCGCCGCUUAUUUUGAAAAGACAUAUGGCACGCGAGAAUCUUUAGAAACCUUGCUACAAAGAGCAGUCGCUCAUUGUCCCAAAAGCGAAGUGCUUUGGCUGAUGGGUGCUAAAUCAAAGUGGCUGGCCGGCGAUGUGCCAGCAGCUAGAGGUAUUUUAUCUCUUGCAUUUCAAGCUAAUCCAAAUUCUGAAGAGAUUUGGCUCGCAGCAGUAAAGCUUGAAUCUGAAAAUUCGGAAUAUGAGAGAGCACGACGUUUAUUGGCAAAAGCUAGAGCGUCCGCUCCGACGCCUAGAGUGAUGAUGAAAAGUGCUAAAUUAGAAUGGGCUCUUAAUAAUCUUGAUGCGGCAUUGCAUCUAUUAAAAGAAGCUCUAGAAGCUUUUGACGAUUUCCCUAAAUUAUGGCUAAUGAAAGGCCAAAUUGAAGAACAGCAAGGUUAUUUGGACAAAGCGAUAGAUACUUAUAAUCAAGCGAUAAAAAAAUGUCCACAUUCGAUACCUUUGUGGCGUCUAUUAGCGCGAUUGGAACACAAGAAAAACCAAGUGACUAAAGCGCGGUCGGUUUUAGAGAAAGCAAGACUUAAGAAUCCUAAAAAUGCUGAGUUAUGGUUGGAAGCUAUACGAAACGAAUUGAAAAACGGUGGCGCACGCGAUAUGGCGAAUACAUUGAUGGCUAAGGCUUUACAGGAAUGUCCCACAUCCGGUUUACUUUGGGCAGAGGCAAUUUUCAUGGAACCACGACCUCAACGAAAAACCAAAAGUAUCGAUGCUACUAAAAAAUGUGAACAUGAUCCACAUGUUCUUCUGGCAGUAUCGAAAUUAUUUUGGUGCGAGCACAAGAUUUCGAAGUGUAGAGAUUGGUUCAAUAGGACGGUUAAGAUAGAUCCAGAUUUAGGAGAUGCUUGGGCAUAUUUUUACAAAUUUGAAUUGUUGAAUGGUACAGAAGAACAACAAGACGAUGUAAAGAAGAGAUGUAUCGCCGCGGAACCUCAUCAUGGUGAGAAUUGGUGCAAAGUUUCCAAAAAUAUAGCAAAUUGGUGUUUGAGCAUAGAUCAGAUCUUGAUAUUAGUUGCAAAAGAGUUACCCAUUCCUAUAUAAAAUAAAAAUUAAUAUGAUGUGAAUCAUAAUGCAAGUAUUAUAAUCAUAGUUUAUGUACAUAAGUUUAUAAAUAAAAUUGAAGUUCCAAUAAAU